AUGGCAGACGAUGUGAAGCCGGAAGUAAUUCAAAAAACACAAGAUGUGCUUGGCAAGUAUUUUAAAAAGCCACCGCUCACCGAGAAACUGCUGAAGAAACCACCGUUCCGAUUCCUUCAUGAUAUUAUAUCCGCGAUCAUAAAGGAAACUGGUUUCUUGGAUGGUUUAUUUACUGAAGAAGAACUGAACUCUGAAAAUAUAAAAAACAAAGAGGCAAAACUUGCUUAUUUAACAAAAUUGAUUGAUGUUGUCAAAUUAACUACCAAUGCUAAUUUAACUGUAAGAGCUAGUAAGAUAAUUUCUGGUCAGGAACCUACUAAAACAAAUGAAUUACUCCAAGCAAUUGGAAAAGCUUUAGAUAAAAAGAUAAACAGUGCAGAAGCCAUUGAACAUUAUAAAAAGAAUCUAGAGAAAAGUAAGUCAACUUCACAAAGUAAAUCAUCUGUUAGGAAAGAAGAAAAAAAAGCAUUACCAAAAGAAGUGCCUCAAAAAAGAGUUGUAACUGCUAAAGAAAAAUCUACUGAUCGAAAGAAAAGAACUUCUAGUGCAGCAGUAAAUGAAUCAGGAUCACAUAAAGAUGAAAAUGAAAAAUCUCAAAGAAAUGUUGAAGCUACACACGUUCCACUUACUCAGCCAUCCCAAGAUAAAGUUCCUUCAUCUGGACGUACAAGAAAGUCUUCGGCUGCUAAAUUGAAACAGAACACAUCUUCUAUAUCUUCAUCUGAUAUAACUCCCUUGCAAGCAAAUAUAAACACAGACAAAAAAGAAGAUGAGAAUAAAAUACAAAAAGAAGUUGAAAAUAAAUCAAAGCAAGCAACGCAUAAUGAACAUAGUGAAUCUCAAAAUCAUGUACAGAAUAUAUCAGACAAUGUAAACUUGGAACCUAAAUCUACAAAUAACAUAGAAAAUAACAAAAUAAGUGAAAACAAAGAAAAGACGGAAUAUAAAGAAAAUGAAAUUACCAAUAAUGAAAUUUCUCCUCAGACUAUAGAAAAACCUGACCAUGUAACAUCAGACGUUCAAAAAUCUCAAUUAGAAAAUAUUGAUAUGAGACAAUCUAAUUUUAGACCAAGAACUUCUUUACGCCCGCCUAGCGCAAGACCAAUUAGUGCUAGGCCUGCAGCACCUAGAAUACGAGGGAAACCAGAAUUAAUUAUUAACGAAGAGAUAUUGACACCAAUGGGAAAUAUUAGCGUCAUUGUAGAAAAUUCUGAUACCAAAGAAGAUGAUGCAGAUGAUAUGGUAGUUAUGGAAACUAGAGGAGGUGAUGAUUCCUUAGACAAUAAUAGUACCUAUAAAGUGGAUGAUCAAUUAACACAAGAACAUGGACAUCUUGUUGCUCAAAUAUUGGAAACUCAGAAAGAAUUGGUUAAUAAUGAGAAUGUAGAUGUGAUACCUAAAAAGACGAAUAUUGCGUGGGAUACAAACUCAAAGCGUGAUAUAGUUACAAAGGAAAUUGACAAACUUCGUAAUACAAUACAAACUUUAACACGUGCAACAAAUCCACUUGGAAAAUUAUUAGAUUACUUUCAGGAAGAUGUAGAAAUUAUGCAAAAAGAGUUAAUGGAAUGGAGAAAUCAGUAUCAACAAGUAAACGCACAAUUAAAAAUGGAAAACAUAAAAACACAAGAUUUAAUAGAACCUAUGAAGGAAACGUUGAAGGAAAUCGAUCAUAAUAUGCAAAUACAAUUAAAUAAAAUAUGUCAAGCAAAAUCACAAAUAAUGAAGAAUGAUCAAAGGAUACAAACAUUAUUGAACGGUCACGUUUAA